CAACACUACAAAUCUAUUACAUUUAUUGAGGCUGCUCAUGGCUGCCCAGGCUAGUAUCCAGGAAUGAUAAAUACCUAUUAAUUGGUGAACAGUAAACAGAUAUGAUCGGAUUAACAGUUGAAAAUCUUCUUCCUUACCUCAUCUGGGAAGCAGGAGCUUUUCCAUUUCUACAGGUGUUUGUGUGCGUUAUACUAUGGGCUCUGACCUAUUGUCUAUUACGGGUGGUGCUCCACAAUCGCAGUGCAGAAUACUGCUGCCGACUAGUCACAUGUAUGCACGGCUUUAUAGUGGCCUGUGUAACGGGUAUUAUUAAUCUGUACAUUGGGCCGGCACCUUGGGAUGUGUUCGGCACUGAUAACACUACACUGCAGAAUGCGAUUGUAAUCAUAUCCCUGGCCUACUUCAUAUUCGACUUCACCUGGUGUUGUAUCAUGGGAGCUGAGGGUCUCCCCAUGUUGGCCCACCAUGUGGUCAGCUUGUUUAUUCUCAGCUACUGUCUUUAUAACCACAGAUUCGGGGCGGAGGUGACGGCAGUCUGUUUUGGAGCUGAGGUAACCAACCCACUGUUACAAAUGAGAUGGUUCCUGCGGGAGCACAAACAAUAUGACACUGUGGUCGGUAACAUCAACGAUUACAUUUUCGUGUUUUCUUUUGCUUUCUGGAGAUUCAUUCCCGGAACUUACCUUCUCUACAGAGCAACUACAUCCCCAAAGGUCGACAUCGUAGUAAAAACAGGAGCUGUGCUACUUUACCUUAUCAGCAUUGUCUUCAUGCACGGAGUAGGCAAGUUCUUCCUUCGAAAGUACGUGUGGAAGAUGAAAAAGCCUGCGGCAAAAGAAGAUUAAGAUGAAAUUAUGUAGAAUUGUGUAGAAUUAUGUAGAAUAUAUGAUCACAAUAUUGCCUAUAGAAAAAACUCAUGUACCUAUUAAUAGAAGAGUGGGAAUUUUGUCAGCCCUUUUUCGUUUACCAAUUUCAUCAUUCAUAUCAAAGAUACAUGAACAGUGAACACGUGAUUUUACAUAUUCAUUAACCCACGCUAAAAGUGAAAAUCUCACGUGCAUUAUUUAACCUUGUUAUUGCACCCGGAUGUUUAUGGAUUUUACAUUAUUUUAUCAAUUUAUGGCUUUUAUUGCAAAUUAUAUUUUUUGAUUACUUUGUUUCACAAUCACUGUGUAUGACCGAAAAAUUUAAACGUUUAGCUGAACGUAGAAACUGUCAAGUUGGGAUAUCUGAUAUAUUUGCACUUUGCAGCGAUGAGAACACUAAUUAUUUGAAUAUAAUGAUACAGUUGGUAUCAUCCAGUUCAUGAUUUUUUCAUGGCAUCAUUUUCAGGAAUCAGGAUAAUAAUAAUAAUAUCGAUGUUGUAUUUAUGUUGAUAAUUAUAAGUACGAUUUAAUAAUAUGGUUGUCAUUUUGGCAUUUUAUAGAUCCUUACAUUGUAUUUUAUGUUUGUUGUAUGAACUGUACUAGGUAACCUAGUGACUAGUGUAAUUGUGAUUGAUUAUAAAUUAAUAAGUUAUAGCAUUACAAUAAUGUGUUUCUGAUUCUUGCAUGUCACGGCAUGACCUUGUAUCACUCACCUACUGUCUGGUGCCGUUAUUGUUAAGAAAACAGCAUACUUACAAAGUCCCCAAAUCUCCCUACAUCCUAGAAAUCACAUAUCAUACUACGGGAUUUUACAGCAAAUCAAAUUAAAUCAAGUUCACAGCUUUUAAAAGUUUAAUUCCGCCAAACGCUUGUACGCCACAAUAAAGGGUAUCUAAGUUCCACCUGCCAUGAAACCUGAGCUAAUUUUACAGGUGUGUCCAGUGUCUGGUGAUAAGUAAAUAUGGGCUGUUUUCAAAUGCUAUUAUUUAUCUGGCUGAGCUACAAAACACUUACAAUAUUGAAUAUGGGGUCGUUCACGUAUUACGUAAUCAUUUUUUGGAACAUUUUUACCCCCACCCCCCCCCCCCCCCCCCUCCGUAAUCAGUUUUACACAUAGCUAUUGUGUCAAAAUUACAAUAGCGUAAUCACUCGGAAACUCCCCCCCCCCCUCAGCUGAUUACGUAAUAUGUGAACGACCCCAUAUUACAAUAUUAUAUUAUGUUCAUGGGUCACACAGUAAACCCCGAUUCACCUGACCUCUUUCCACCUAGAAACUGUCUAUAUUUUAGUUUGAUAUCUCGCUUUACAAAACGCCUUAUUAGCAAGACCCUGUUAUAAGCAGGCUUGUUAUCAAGUAUCCACUCCUUUCUUUUGAACUAUUUAAACGGGUAUAACCCCUAAUUUGAUAGCAACACUUUGAUAGCAGCACUCUGAUAGCAACACUCAUACUAUGAUGAUCUUACUUAGAGUCAAUAUUUAAAACACUCUGAUUUACAGUACACAUUAUUUUCCUCUCCCCCAAAGUGUUCAUUAAAUCGGGUUUUACUGUAAUAUCUUAUAAUAACGCGGCUAUUGAAGUUUGAUCUUUGAAUUUACAGAGCACGUUUUCAAAGCUAUUUUGCAGUGGUUUGUGAACCCAAAAGUUGUUGCUCUUUAUUAUAACUCCUUAGCUUCAGUUCAUUCAAUUAAAAAAACCAUUAAACUUCAUUAUUCAAUCACAAUCAAUUUUGUUCAAUAAAUCAUUUGAAUUUUGUUUGUUGUAGUGCAGUGUGUAUUGUUGUUGAUAAAAAUUUAUAAAAUUUGUUAAAAUUUGACCUGGUAGGAAAAGCAAACAGCGUUAAAAUCCUGUCAAUCAUAAUCAAAGAUGACUUGCCUCUUUGGGGCCUAAUGUACUUUAUCAGCAAUGAUUUUAUUUAAAAUCUAAGAGAACUGGCAGUUGAAAGAGUUAUAUGGAGAAUAUUGUUUGGCCAAAUUGAAAAUGGGCUCAAAAUUUAGAGGGACUAUGGUUGAGCAAAUGAACAUUUUGCAAAAUUGCCAUUUUGGUCGUUUAUAUUGAGUGCUUUAGUUUAAUGAUUAAUGAUUAUUCAUUUGUUUACAAAAUAUUUGUUGAUAGAGUGAUAGGAUUGAAUUAUUUUGAUUUGAGUGAACAAUGCAAUGUUUGUUUUCCAUUGAUUACACAAGCGUUUUCUUGCCUACGUCUACAAGAUUUACCGUUGAUUCCGAGUAUUCCA